AAAUGUAUCAAUUUCAUUAAACGUAAGAAUUUUUUCAUGGGACCACACAGAAGAUUAGUACAGAUAUUUAAUACAGUUUAUAUCCAGAUUUUAUUGAUGUUUGCGACGUAAACAAAAAUGUCAGCACUUUCUACACGUGGGUUUUUAGGCAUUAUUGUGCUAAUUCGUGAACUAUAAGCCAUUUGUUUAUAGAUGUGAAUAUUUAAUAUAGUGAAAGUAUGCCGCGAUAUGCUCAGAUUGUUAUGGGUCCAGCAGGAAGUGGGAAAUCCACGUACUGCAGCACCAUUGUAAAACACUGUGAGUGUAUAGGCAGGACUGUACAUGUUAUUAAUCUGGAUCCAGCAGCAGAGUACUUUGAUUAUCCUUUGUAUGCAGAUAUCCGUGAACUGAUCAGUGUGGAAGAUGCAAUGGAAGAUGAGUCACUUCACUUUGGCCCCAAUGGUGGAUUGGUAUUCUGUAUGGAGUACUUUGCUCAGAAUUUUGAUUGGUUGUUCGAGCAGUUGGAUGACUUGGAAGAUGACUAUGUGCUUUUUGAUUGUCCAGGUCAGAUUGAGUUAUAUACCCAUAUACCAGUGAUGAAACAGCUGGUGGAUCAGCUACAACACUGGAACUUUCGUGUGUGUGGCGUCUUCCUCAUCGACUCCCAGUUCCUAAAUGAAGCCACCAAGUUUGUCUCGGGAAUUUUAUCAGCUUUAUCUGCAAUGGUCAACCUGGAGGUCCCUCAUAUCAAUGUUAUGACCAAAGUGGACUUGCUGAGUAAAAAAGCCAAAAAGAAUCUAGAGAGGUACCUGGAACCUGACCUCCAUGCUUUGCUAGAUGAAGAAGUUGAGCACAAGAUAAAGAGCAACAAAUUCCAGAAGCUUAACACUGCAAUUGCAGGACUGGUAGAGGACUACAGUCUAGUGAAAUUCUUUCCAUUGGAUAAUACAGACGAAGACUCCAUAAGUGAUAUUCUGCUGAUGAUAGACAAUGCAAUUCAAUACGGGGAAGAUUUGGAGUCAAAAGAAAUUAAGGAACGUGAGGAAGAAGAUACAGCAGAAGACAAUUAUGAUGACAGCUGACCAUAAUUUCAGAUGGCAAGAUGUGUUUUCAUGAGAAUGUGUAGUUGUAAAGACUGGCUGACUAUCAAGAUUUUCUCUUAGUUUUCCAAAGUGCAAUUUACAACCAUGUUGUUGUUGGUAUAAAUAUUGUGCACACUGAAAAAAAAACAAUAAAGGUCUGCAAUUGCAGGUUGUACAUUAUUGUAGGAUAAGUAUGGAAAACUAGUAAGAAUGAACCGAUUGUAUUUUAUCCCAAAUGUUAAAGACUUGGUGAAUGUUGAGCUAGUGAAGACAUUUGCUUACCCAGGGUAUGGCAGACUGGAAUACAGGCAGUUGUAUUAGCAGAUAUGAAGGAUGACUGGAUUUUGCUGUGACAAUAACAUGGACUCUUACAUUUUUACACUUUUUUUUUUUUUUAGAAAUUUACUUAUCUUGCAUAAAUAAAAUAAAAGUUAUCUCCAAGAACAGUGUACACAGAAUAAAGACAAAAUAUUAGUAUUCAACAUCAUAUUUAUUGUCAACUUUAAUUCCAUACUUAUUUACAAGUUUUUUACAGAUUUUAUACACUGAGAUCAAUGAAAGAUGUGAUGUCAUACGUGCCAGUGUUCUGAUGUGGUAUGUCAAAUUGUCAAUAAAUUAUCAUAAAGCACCAUCAAGUAAACUUUGAAAAUGACAUUCUUCACAGCAAAUACUACAAAAUUUCACAUCAAAAACAGCUCAACUUGCAAAUAUGUACACAUCACUACUAGUCAAUGAUAUACUGAAUCACAUGCUACUUUGAUUUUUACCGAAUUCGCGGUCAUUAUAUACUUUUUGUGACAACAAGUACUUUUUAAAGUAGGCCAGAAGCUAUUAAUAUGGCACUUUUGGGUCUGGAGAAAGUCAUCAGAGCGAAAUCCAUCUGUAGUGCAGCAAGGUCAGUUCGAGAAAGAUUGUCUUCAUUGUUUUUUUUUUUUUUUUUUUAGUUUCACCCCCAGUGUCUGAUCACCAACUGUUUAAUUUGCUUUAGAGCCCACUAUUAUACAAGUGGUAAGUGCAUAUAGCAAUUGCAUAGUACAGCUAUGAAUAAAAGAAAGUCAGCGUGGGGAGGAAAGAAAGAAAAUAGAUAGCCAAUCGGUAGCCAAGAAUGAUGGCCAACAAGUUGAACAACCAAAAACAUUGUAGAGGAGGCUCAUCCCAUUUUAUUUGGAGAUGUAAACGGUGAAAGCCUGCAAUCCCAACAAAGAAGGGGUGAAAGAAAUACAGAAACUUCAUAGAGAUUUGAUGUUGCCAAUCUGUUCUCUUUCAAGUGGGAAGCCAUCUCUUUCUAGUAAGAGAAAAAGAGUGGUCCUGGGCUUAGAAGACAUGCAAAGGAGUCUGACGAAGAUUCUGACUCGCAGUAUGUGAAGUUAGUGUUGUCAACCCCAUAUGGUGAGGUACGUUCAGGUAUAAACGAACCUGAAGUGAGUCAGAUUUUACACAGUGAUGAUGUACCAGAUGCGGGUAACGACAAUGUUUCAACACACGGUGAGGUACGUUCUGGUAUAAAUGAAUUUGAAACGGGUCAAAUUUUACAGAGUGAUGAUGCUUCACAGGAAAAAAUUGAAAUUGACAAUUGUAGAAAGUCAAAACACAUUAAAAAGAAACCUGCAUGGAUAACAGAUGCUUAUGUGUACAAUUUACACAGUGUAUUUGGAUUAAAUGAUCAACAAAGUCAAGCUGUAGUUGAUUAUAUCGAGCAGCUAGUCAAAUUCUGCCUUGUCUUCACUCACAAAUGGCUUACGACAGAUAGAAUAAGGCCGCACAUGCUCAGUGAACUUAGUGGCCUUGUACAUGUGAAUCAGGUUUUCAUUUGUCUCCAUUGUGUUUGAUUUUUCUCCAGACUAUCAUCAUAUCGAAGGUAGUUUUCUGGAUAUAUCUAUACAGUGGACGUGGAGUACAACUUCAGGUAGGAUUUUCGGGACGUUUUUACUCAUGCGAUUUGAUUUCCUAGACAUUUUGUGAUCGGGCCUUUGUCUGCAACCUCAGCUGGUAUUGUAUAACUUAAUCAUGGCAGCCAAAGACCAACGGUCUUUAUUAGAUCAGCUGGCCACUGAUACUAGCGUUCAACUAUGUCAGGCUCUCCCCAGCGGGGAUAUUGCUGCUGCAGGUAGUAGCAAGAAAGUAACAUGUACUGGACAGCAGAUCCACUGGAUCAAAUGCGUCCGCACCUACUAGUACUCGUGCCAGCAAUAAAUCUGCUGCGUUACUACUACGAAGGCUACUACUAGUGCACCAGGCACUGCAGCCAGAGUUGGCCUUGCUGAGAGAUGACCUGAAGUAUGAUUUUGCCACCAGUAUGGCCGAGAUGACUUUGGCUUUCCAAGAUGCUUUGUGGGAAAGGGACAAUCGAUUUGAUCGGUUUAUAACCAGUCUUGGGCUUAAUUCAGAUAGUCCUGUCCCCAGGAGAAUUGCUCCCGGAAAUGAUACACUGGAUGUUUCUGUGAGGGAUGAUGCAAGCAGUGCAGAGCAGCCAAUGGAAGAAGACAAUCCCUCAGGGUCAGCUAACAUUUAUGAUGUUAUUAGUUGUGAAACUGAUGAUAAAUUGCAGGACUUACAAAACAAACAUGAUCGCCCUGCCAAUAUUGAUGGUGUUAUGGCCCCCAGUGUUAACCCCGAAAUCUGGAUGGGGCUCACAGCAACACAAAGGUCAUUAGACCUGAAAAUGGCCAACAAGCAAGAUUGCAUAUUGAAUAUAUUCAGAGGCAUGGUUCCUCUUAUACAUGUACUUCAAAACCUAUAGAGUCCAUUGACUCCAAAGACAUGGUAGAGUUGAUUGGGGACAGCCUCAGGCUUUUGGUCCAGGGCAAUAGAAACAUUAACGUUAACAGGAGGGAGCAGCUCAAAUUUGUUAUUGCACCGGGAUACCACCAACUUUGUCCGACAGCCAGAUUUUCUCUUCAGAGAUAACCUGCCCUCCACUGUAAAAUCUAUUACCAUGCAAGGCCAACAAUGCCAGUUAUAAAAUUUCUAACUCUUCUGGUGCUUUCGUGAAAAGUGGGGAUCUCCUUCAAUCUGAGGCGACCUAGGCAGAGGCACCAACUAUCGAGCACAAGCCUCCACCUGCAGAAGAAUGUCUCCCUACCCUCAGGAUUUGCAACAGGGGCACUCAACCUAUGGUUCACCCCGGGAGUAAUAAAACUAUGGAGGCAGAGCACAAACUUCGAGGAAAAAAGUGAGAGGGAAAUCAAGCCACUGUUAGUCGUGGUGAGUAACAAUUUUCACUUGAACAGGCAUGUUGCAAACCGAAUGGACUUAUAUAAUGAAAAUCUUACUGGGGAGUCACCUUUUAGGGGAGUCAGAUUUUUAUGGUACACCAGUUCUCUCGGUUCUAAUGCCACCCCCUAGAAAAAUCCAUCACUAAGAAGACCCUGAUAAGGAAAGAUGCACAGUAAAAGUA